AUGGCAGUUCACUUGCGGAGCGCCCAACUCGAUCAUUUUCAUGUCGAAAUUCAUUCACUGGCCUCUGAAUCUGAGGCCGAUGAAACCGAGCAGGCGCAGAACUGGUGGUACUUGCACGGCGAUCAAGAUACAGAGGAAGAUGUCAGGGAGAACGAGAUACAAGAUGAGAGGGAGCUCUGGUCGAGCUUCCACCAUACUGAAGCGCGUAGCACGCUGAUGGAAUUCGGUCCAGAUAUCCAAGGACUGGUCCUGAUGGAAGCGGAAGCAUCCGGAGACGCAAUGUUCAAAGGGACCUUCCUCGUUCAUCCUCUAAACACAUCGCUAAUAUUUAGUGCAGCAAUUGGUGCACCGAUACCACGCUACCUCACCAUGCCACCAAGACCAAGCGUCAUUGUGAAACCUGCCCCCUUCCUAUAUCUGUUCUUCCGCCUUCUCCCUCCUCCUCCUCGCCUAACGAUGGCAUACUACCGCAAAUUUCCAGACACUUUUAGUGUUCUGCCACUGAAAGAACAGGUCUUAUUGAGGGACAUGUUGGGUCCAGAGUUGUCCCUAGAUGUCGACCGGAAAAUGUCACAGUUGAUGCCACCACACGAUGAUAUCGGUUUGUUUCAUCAGAUGGACGUCAUCAUAUGUAAAUACUGGGCCCCGCCUUUUCGAUUUAUGUGGUUUCGAGACAUUGAUUGCUAUGGCGGCCUCCCUGGGCGACUUUUCAACCUUUUCAACGGGUAUACCCUCCAGGAAUUCAAGGAAAACUUUGCCAAGUGGUCUCGUACGAAGCAGACGUGUGCUCUCGCGAUCAUCGCUUACAGGCUGCUGAAAGUUGCAUACAUGAUCACAACCGAGAACUUCAGAACCUGUGGGGACUCUCCUUUUUCAGCCGGUCCCUCGAUAUGUCUAACGGUCUUCUUGAUGCUUGAGUACUUCGAAGGAUUCGAAAACUAUCAAGCGUUCUGGAAAAUCGUUCAAUGGAGGAAUCACCCUGAUAAACCUUCGAAGAUACAUACUCACUUUCCAUGCACCAUAUAUUGGACGCGACGCCCUGCGCAUAAUCAUCGGUACCUGCUGGCCAUAGUGCAGAAAGAGGACAUUAAGGAUGUUGGCUUUGGACGCCCAUUUGCGAUCUUGCCUUACCCGGAUACACAACCUCAUGGGUAUGGUGUGAGUGGCGGGGUUUACUACAAAUCGUUCACCGAUACAAGCUUGACUAAACUGUUGCGCGAGACUUGGGAAUCUGCUCCGGAACAAUCUGAGGAAGUCCCAGCCAUGGAAUUUCUUUCUUGGACGUGA